CUCCCUUCAACUCCGGCUCGCUGAUGGCGAGGAAUUUUGGCCCACGGGCGAAGCCGUAGCCGCAGUCUCCUCGGGCGUCCGCAUCCCGGAAGCCGGGAAGCCUGGUGUCCAGGAUCCCGCGCGGAGGUCCACGAUGUCGGAGGGCGAAACUAGACAGAGCGAAGACUCCCCGCAGGCCGGCGCGGUGACGGUCAGCGACGUCCAGGAGCUCAUACGGCGCAAGGAGGAGAUCGAGGCGCAGAUCAAAGCCAAUUAUGACGUGCUGGAGAGCCAAAAAGGUGUGGGGAUGAGCGAGCCGCUGGUGGACUGCGAGGGCUACCCCCGGUCAGACGUGGACCUGUACCAAGUUCGAACUGCAAGGCACAACAUCGUCUGCUUGCAGAAUGAUCACCAGGCCAUCAUGAAGCAGGUGGAAAAGGCCCUGCACCAGCUGCAUGCUCGCGACAAGGAGAAGCAGGCCCGGGACAUGGCUGAGGCCCACAGAGAGGCCAUGAGCCGCAACCAGGGCCAGAGGGAGGGCCUCAGCCCCCCUCAGGCCUUCGCCAAAGUGAACGGCAUCAGCCCUGGCUCCCCCGCCAGUAUCGCGGGUCUGCAAGUGGAUGACGAGAUUUUGGAGUUUGGUUCUGUGAACACCCAAAACUUCCAGUCUCUGCAUAACAUUGGCAGUGUGGUGCAGCACAGUGAGGGGAAACCCCUGAAUGUGACAGUGAUCCGCAGAGGGGAGAAACACCAGCUUAGACUUGUCCCGACCCGCUGGGCAGGAAAAGGACUGCUGGGCUGCAACAUUAUUCCUUUGCAAAGAUGAUUGUCCCUGGGGAACAGUAAUAGGAAAACACCUUCCCUUGUCCUGGACGUGGGUCUGGUGGGAAUUUUUUCCUUCUCUUCUCUCCCUGAAGCUUAAGGAUCUGGAAGAGGCUGGAAACCUGAACUUCUGGGUGAAGGAAAUGCUGUGGCCUCCCAUUGUAAUCUCUUGGGAUUAAGGCAUUGUUAACUUGAUUUGUGCUUGGCAUCUUUUGCAAAUUAGACCAUGGCCCUAAAUGGGAGUCCUCUGGAUUGUGGGCCAGUGGGCGGGAGUUAUUCUGGUAGGUGCUGAUAGGACUUUAUUCUUUUAGGAUUUUUUUUCCCCAAAUAAACACAGGUUUCAGUGCUGAUAUGACCAUGUUAUCACCCCAACUGGAUUUUUAAAAAAAUUUUUUAUUUAAAUUAAAUUUAGUUAACAUGUAGUGCCAACUGAAUUUCUUAUGAACUUCUCAAACCAAAGCUUAGACAGGAAUUAGAACAUUCUUAUAGAAAGUUGGACAGGGGUGCCUAGCUUGCUCAGUCAGUGGAGCAUACAACUCUUGAUUUCGAGUUGUAGGUUCAAGCCCCAUGUUGGGUGUAGAGCUUAUUAAAAAAAAAAAUUGGACAGAACAAACAUGAAACUUUAGUGAAUGGCGUUUGCACCAUCUGCAUUUGCAUUGUGGCAUUGCUGCUCUGGAUAUAGAAAUUAUAUCCUCUGGGGCCACAACUGCUCCCUUGAAGAACAGGGAAAACCAGGAAGCUCCCCAUGCAGCUACCCGCGCAGCUAAAUGCAGUGUCCGCUUCCUCUUCUGUCAACCACCAGAGGGCAGCAAGCUCCGUUCGUUUCUGGAAUAAAAAGCCUUGCAAAUUACCUUCUAAAUUGAUUUUUUAUAAUUGAACCUCCUCAUCAUUCCCUCAGAUCAACAGAAGUUUGUAAACUGCCAGGGUGUGCUUGAUCGCUGAUGGGAACCAGCAGUGUGUGCAGAUCUGACUUCUUGAAAAUGCUGAUUCCUUCUUCCUUUUAUUUUCCCUUUCACAUGGCAACAUGGGUUUCAGUGAUUCUUAGUGACCCUGUGUUUUACUUUCUCUCUCCACCUUAUCCCAGUGUUUAUUUCCCCAUUUCUUGCGCACCACUUUGUGUCUCAGAGGUGGUGUGGCCCAUUCUGCUGAGGCAUGCCUGGGUUCCUUGGGAAUGGAUUUGCUUGGGUUGGAUACAGAAACCAGCUUGCCCUGACAGGAGUCAACACUGGGGCGUGCUUUUCCAGCCGUGGAUUCUCAUGCUCAGCUGGAAAACCUUCCUGUUGAGCGUGUUCCCCAAAAGUUAACAUCCACAUGCACCACCCCCUUGUGGCCACAGACAGGCAGUGCUUACCAGCAUUUGCUGUUUAAAUUGUGUGUGUUCUGAUUCCAAGUGUUUUCCAAUCUCUUUUUAUAAGCCCUAGACUAUAAUAAACACAGCUUGUACCAUC